ACUUGUCCGAACAGAUAGCCAGCGUUAUGUACAUGAAAUAUAGCGGCGAUUUUUAGCAAAUAACAAGAAACAAGGGGAAGAGAAAGAAACAAAAGGGGACUGUGUGUGUGCUUGAGUGUGUGUGUGUGCAAGAGAAAGAGAAAGAGAUAGAGAGAGGGGAGAAAGAGGCGAAAAGACACAAACGGUGAGAUAUAAAGCGAAAGAGGGAGGGAGAUAGAUAGAUAGAGGAGCAGAGGAAGAACGAACUAGCAAACUAGCGAACUAGCGAACUGGCGGGAGAGAGAGAGAUCAAGAGAGGACGAUAUUGGGGGGAAAAUGAAUUGCUUUCCCUAUAUGACAACCUAUUGCGUUAUUCUUUGGCUAUUAUUUAAAGUAAUUAUUCCGUGGCUAUCGUCAGUCACGUCAGAUUCAUAUAGGAAAUUGGAUAAACAUCAGAAGAUGAUUUGGAGUGAGAAUGUCGUUUCGACUAUACACGCCAUUGUUGUCUCCUUGCUAGCCACUUGGAUUUUACUAUAUGACGAAGCAGUUAUAAAGGAGCCAGUCUUAGGAGACAGUUGGAGUAUAAGACAAUUAGCGUCUAUCGCCUGCGCCUUCAUGUUGGUCGAUAUCGUUAUUAUGUACUCUGUAGGCGACCGUUCUUCACUCUUCUACAUUCAUCAUCUUAGCGUAGCUUUAACAUCGCUGUACUGCAUGAGAGAAGGCCGUUUCUGCCCAUGGUUUACAUCCAUCAAGACUCUAAGUGAAGCUUCGACACCGUUUGUUCAUGCCAAUUGGUUCCUAAAAGCAUCCAAAAUAUCCGAAGAUAGCGUUGCCGCAAAACUCUUAACGUAUGCAGUAUUUACCAUGUGUAGAAUAUUACUUAUCCCAAUCUUUUGGUUUAACACCUAUAUUCAUUGGGAGAAAGGCUGGUCGAUAAAGAUUGUAUGGGUUUUAAUCCUAAGUUCCAGUGUCGUUUUAGACUUACUAAAUAUCAGGUGGUGGUGGCAAAUGACUGUCAAAUUUCUCUAUUAUGCACGUUGUAUAAUUCAAAACGUUGCAUACGAUGAUAAAAGACACCGACUUCCAUCUACUAUUUACAACAAGUCAGAAAAGGCUGAAAAACAAAUGACGUUCAUGCGUUGAUAAACCG